CUGCUCUGUUUCGUUUUCACUUUUUCCUGCACCCUUGGCUGUCAGUGCGAUGGCUUCCCUUGUCUACUUUAAGUUCAAAGCCAACGUCAAGCAGGACUCUAUCCCCUUUGACGGCUCCGCUAUAUCCGUUAAGGAUCUUAAGACAGCGAUCAGGACUAAGUGUUGUCUUCAUUCAGCAGAUUUGGAUCUGAAACUCGAGGAUAAAAACGGGAAAAUAUACUCCAAGGACGAUGAGCUCAUACCAAAAUACACGAGCAUUUUAGUCAGACGUGUCCCCCGAAUGGGAAACGAUCCACAACGCAGAAAGUUAGCUUUAUCCGGAGAUGCAGCCAAAAAAGAACUCCAUAAAAGUUCCGGCGGGCCUUCUGAUGCGGUACACAUCCCCAAAAAUGUGAGUCUUGCUGACUCCGAUCUUACCGAGGAAGAGAAGAUACGUGUCAUGAUCGAACGUUCAUCUGAUGCCUAUGAGAAAUGGUACGCUCAUUCUUUAACCAAAGCUAAGCCUUUCGGCAUUCCUCCCCCGGCCUAUAUUUGUCACAAAUGUAACCAACCUGGGCAUUGGAUCCAUAAUUGUCCAGGCGUCAAGGAUAAAUCAGGAAAGCUUAUGGACCCUAGGAACAUUAAAAGGCCUACUGGUAUUCCACAAGAUUUUUUGCUAGAGGUUGAUGCUGACACUCCCGGAGCAUAUUUGGGAAAAACCGGGAAGUACAUGGUUCCAAUCAAGGACGCAGAAGCUUUCGCACAAGGAAAAAAGGACAAGCGCCCUUUUUCUGUGGAGGAGAAUCCUCCUUAUAUUCCCCCAACUAACCGAAGACCACCAAAGCAUCUUACAUGCCCUCUGUGUACUGAUGUUUUCAAAAAUGCGGUGCUGGUUGGUUGCUGUGGCACUACGUAUUGCAACGACUGCAUAAUGGGAUACGCUUUCGAUUCUCAGAUCAAGGGUCUUCAGAAGUGCCCGAAUUGCAGUGCCCCCCUCACUGACCAUGAAUCAAGUGUCUUUGAAAAUGCCACUGUAAGAAGCAUGAUCAUCGAAUGGCAUAACUCUACGCUAGCAGAAAACAAUGAACUUGCGCGGUCUCCAUCGCACUUACUCAAGGUUGAUGAAGGCAAGCAGCUCAUAAAGUCUUUGGAGGGCGAAGGACUUUUCCUUAAUCACCGUAGAGUCUUGAGGCCAAAGCAAUCAUUGUCGAUGUUGCCCGUAAAAUUAUCUCCAAAGACCGAGCAUGUGGAGGAUAAAUCCAGAGCGAAAGUGGAUACCAACUCUGAUCUUCCGGAUGCUGGUGACGUCAAGCCGAAUUUUUCCUCAACGAUUACAGAUUCUUCUGAAUUAACUGUUACAACCAAUAAUAUCAUCACAUCCACAGAUUUGCCUGUCGGCACAAACUCUGUCUCAGACAAUAAAACAUCUCAGCCAUCUGCAUUUUUGUCGUUGCCCGCAUCGACCGAUAAUGGUAGUACUAUCAGUAACAAUCUUAGUGCACCAAACAUUCCUGCAUUAGCCACUGAAGUUAGUUCUCAGAUUUCCACUUCCCAAAACGCCGAUUUAAUAGCGCUAGCUCCUAUUAUUUCCGUCGCGCCUCCUAGCUCUAGUUGUCUAGUCAUUCAUUCAAGUUCUCCUCCCUCAGCAAGUGUCUCCGGUUCAGGCUCUGGAGAAGUUACUUUUGCGAGUUCUAUUGCUCGUUGCGUGCCGUGCAUUGUACCGCCUAACGUAGGAACUCAGGAGGUACCCUUAGUAAAUGCGUUAUAUGGACUUACCUCCACUACUAGCAUCCUUAAUUCAGGAAAUCUUACUAGUUUGCAGGAUUGGAGUGCUGCAAAUAACGUCACUUUAGUGGCAUCUCAACCUCCAAGUUACCUUGACAUGGCACUUUUGCAGGCACAGGCUGUUGGGCAGCCACUCCAGACAUUUGCCUUGCCACCCCAAGCAGCCGGUUUGGUGUCUGCGACCGGUGAUCAUCGUCACGCGAUGGUAGUAGGCAACUCUGAUGGCACUGGGGUUGCUCGGAAACUACUAUCAAAGGAAGAGUUCUACCGGUUGAAAAAGCGGCUGAUGGAAUCAUCGCAGCUAAGGCACCGACGGUAUCGUUCAUCGCGAUCGAGAAGCCCCGAUUACUAUUAUCGAGGUCCUGAGGAUCAUUAUCAUCGCCACCAUCGACAUGAUCGAUACAGAGAGGAGCGCCGCAGUAGGAGUCGCCAUCAUCGCAGUGGUCACUCCGGCCGAUAUGGUAAUGGCGCCUAUCGACGAGAUGAAAGGCAUCACUAUUCAUCUGAGGAUGAUUCUCGGGAUGUCCCUCAGGAAAGAGAAAAAUUAUUUACAUCUAGCUCGAGUAUUCCACUGUCCAAGCGGCCACCGGGUGAUCUUCGAGAGCGCCUUGGUCGAAAGCAUCGUUCGCCCAUAGAUGAGUCAUGUUUUGGACCUACUAGUCUUAGCCAUCGCUUUGUGCGAAGGCGGUAUGACGAUUCUCUUCCUUCAGAUAUUUCAGAUAAAGACUGUAGGGCUUCGUCUACAGCUCACCGCAGGUCUGAUCAGGUGCAUGGACCCAGAGAUAUA